AUGUGGGCGAGGGCCUCACUUCGACAUGCUCACACGAGAAAUAUAUCCUCAAAGCCAGCAGCCUCCAGGUCUUCGUCGUAUGGGCCAGCAGCGGCUAUUCUCGGAAUUGCAGCUUCGUAUUAUUUCUUUUCGCCAGACGUUUCUCGAGCAGCUCCUACCGUUGAAGAUCAAGUUCUUUCACCGACUUACUUUACAAAAUGCAGCAUUACAUCGAACGAAAAUUCUGGACCUGACACACGCCUCGUAACAGUAACAGUGCCCGCCAAGUCAAUACCUUCUACCUCUUCUCUCCAUCCAAUAUGGUCAGUUUACAUCAAGGACGAUGCUAUACAGGUCGAAAGGCCUUACACCCCUCUGGGAGGAAUCGAUUCGGACGGUCGUAUGCGUUUCUGGAUAAAGAAGUACCCUCGUGGUGAAGUCGGUCGUUGGUUGCACUCGAAAAUAGUUGGCGAUGUCAUCGAACUAAGAGGACCUUUGCAAACAUGGCGCUGGCAACCUGAUACUUGGGACGAAGUCAUUAUGAUCUCGGGUGGUACGGGUAUAACACCAUUCUACCAGUUAUUUCACAGCGUGAUUUCCCAGAUGCCAACGUCCUCCACAUGCUUCACACUUCUACACUCCAGUAAAACGGAAGAUGAACUGCCCCCACCGGCAAUUCUGGACUCGUUGAUUUCUUACGCAAAAGAGCACCCAUCCAAUUUUCGGGUACGCCUUUUCGUAGACACCCCCGCCGCGGACAUUCCAGAAGCCCAGACUGGUCGUAUCGGAAGGGUUGACAUCGAAAGGUCGCUCCGAAAAGAUGUUUCAAGCUCAACCUGGUUGGGAAGAUUAUUAGGGCAAACUGAAAUUCCGGACCUCCGUCAAAGAAAGGUCCUUUUCUUGGUCUGUGGACCUGAGCCAAUGCUCAACGCCAUUGCUGGACCUUAUGGCCGUAAUUUCUCUCAAGGACCGGUCGGAGGUGCUCUGGCAGAACUGGGUUGCAGAACUGAUCAAGUCUACAAACUUUGAAACCAGGUCUACUGUCCGACUAUCUUCCAUCUAAUCAGUUUUCCCGCCCAAAACGGCACGACAUUUUCCCCGGUACUAUAUCUUUCCUGCACCUUGAUACCCUCCGGAAGUUGCCUCAACACUACUUUUUUGGAGGUUUCUUCACCCAGCUCCGAAUGAUUCCAAAACAUGAGCGACCAAAGGCAACAAAAUUGGGGAUGUAU